CUUGAACAGUGGCAAGUUGCAUGCAUGGAGAUAGAUAAAACAAAAGAGGUUGUUCUGAGAUGUGCUAUAAUCAUGGUUGGCCUACCAGCCAGAGGAAAGACCUACAUGUCAAAAAAGUUGGCCAGGUAUCUCAACUGGAUUGGAUACAGAGCCAAAGUUUUCAACGUUGGUGAAGCCAGAAGACAAGAAAUCCCCACUUCCAUCAAUAAUGCUGACUUUUUUAGGGCUGACAAUUCAGAUGCCAUUGAAAUGAGAAACAAAUGUGCAAUGAGUGUGCUGCAGCAGAUGUUGCAGUGGAUGAAAGAUUCUGGACCAUCUAUUGGGAUUUAUGAUGCCACAAACUCAACGAAAGCUCGAAGAAGGUUGAUACUGGAGCACCUGAUGGCUGUCCACAACGUGAAUAUCUUGUUUGUCGAGUCAUUAUGUGAUGAUCCUGAUGUCAUUGAAACCAACAUUAAGGAUGUUAAAAUAAUGAGCCCGGAUUAUGAGAAUGUGAGUCGAGAGCAGGCUGUAGAGGACUUCAAGCAAAGAAUUAAAUAUUAUGAAAGGUCUUACGAGCCUCUUGACAUUGACUAUGAUAAAAACAUCUCCUUCCUGAAAAUAUUCAACCUAGGCUCAAAAUUUAUUGCCAAUAAAAUAAAAAGCCACAUGCAGUCUCGCAUCAUCUAUUACUUCAUGAACAUAAGUGUUCUUCCUCGAGUCAUUUACAUCACCAGGGCAGGUGAAACCAAUGGUAACAUGAUGGGUCUGGUCGGUGGGGAUGAUGACCUCUCUGAUCGGGGCAUUCAGUAUGCAAGAUCUUUGGCAGAAUUCAUAGACCGCAACAACAUGAAAGACAUCGUCGUAUGGAGCAGUCUGAUGAGGAGUGCAUUGAAGACGUGUGACACCUUGAAACCAUUCGUUGCUACGGUAUCCAGGUUGAAGGCUCUCAAUGAGCUCGAUAAUGGUUCGUUUGAAGGCCUGACCCAGGAAGAUAUAAGAUGCAGAUUUCCUGAGGAGUAUACCCUGAGGGAAAAUGAUAAAUAUUAUUACAGAUACCCAUCUGGAGAGUCGUACCAAGACCUCGUGGUUCGAUUGGAGCCCAUCAUUAUGGAGUUGGAAAAGGUAUCGAAUGUGAUGGUGGUGUGCCAUCAAGCUGUCGCCAGAUGUCUCCUUGCCUAUCUCUUAGAUGAGCCAAGAGAAGAUGUGCCCUACUUGGACGUGCCACUCCACACCGUCUUUAAGCUCACACCUCACGCAUACGGUUGCAAGGUUGAUAGGAUUUCUUUCAACAUCCCUGCCGUCAACAACUACAGACCCAAACCAAAAGGCUUGGUCUCCGUGACAUCAUUUGAUGAGAGUAGAUUGAGAAGAAAGAUGAGUUACUCCAGUUUAACGCCAACAUCAACAACAAAAUUGUAAAAACAAAACUUUAAACAUUUUUUUAAUCCGUUUCAAUUGUUAGUAUCAUCUGUACUGGAAUAUAAAAUGUAAAUAAUAUAUUUUAAUAUUAUUAUUUAUUUGAAUUAAUUACAACAAUUGUUUAAAUUAAUUUGUACAAUACUCUGCGUUAUUUAAUGAUUUUAAAUCUUCCAAUUCACAAUCAGUUCAGUUGUCAGCAUUUUACGUGCACACAUUUUAAUGUUAUAACUUCUACUAUGUAUGAACUAUUUACUCAUAUCUAACAUGCCAUAUUCCGCUUUAGUUUCUCUUUAAAUGUUCAUUCUGUUCGAACUGUUGCUAUGAGUUCAGUUAAAAUUUCAUAUACAGUUUAAUGUCUGUCAAUUUAAAAAUGUUGUAAAUUGGAAUAUUAAAAAAAUUCAUCAGCUAUGGAAAAUCGUAAGAAAUAGUGGAAGUUAUAAAAGACAGUCAGUCAGACAGCGAGGAACUAAUAAUGGAAGAAUGCAGAUCAGAAAAACUCUAGGUUAGGUUGUGUCAUCUGAAGUUGAUCAAAUGAAAAUUACUAUUAAAAUAGAAAGACAAGUUACAUGGUGAAAAAAGGAUAAAAAUAAAAGUUGUAGCCUGCUAAAUGAGUCAGUUGCUUAUGCAGCUGCUAAUUAUUUUUGGACUGAUAAAAUAAGGAAAUAUUGAGAACAGAACAAGGCAUGCGGUGUGGUAUGAUGGUAACGCUAUUGACGAGUUGAUAAUUGACUGAAUGGCGAAAUGAUAUUGCAUUGGCGUACCAGAGUUUUAGAGCUCAUUGCCUUUUUCUCAUUUUAAAAAGUAGUAAUAGGUUGUUUUUGCAUUUUUUUUUAAAGAAAGUUCAACGUUUUUGUAUUUUAUAUAAUGUUCAUACUGUAGAAUAGAAAUAUACCGAUGUAAUUUUUAUAGUUGAAAGUUUUGGAUCUCUCUCUCUCUCCCUUCUCUCUUUUGAAAUAUAUCCGCAAUUGUUUUUCUAAUAAUUAGUUAGGACAAUUUAUUUCGUUAAUUAGGACAUUUAACUUGUUCAUUCAAUUGUUAUCAUCACUUCUUCUUUUACUGUCACAGCCGUUGUUCACCAUUCAACGAAAAUUUUGUACAUAAAUUACGUUUUAUUUUAAAAUUUCAUUUUAUUGUCUCUCGUUAUUAAAGAAGAACAGUUCCGGUGUAUUUACGAUUUACCACCCAUUAUAUUCUUAACCAUCUGUUUUAAAUUUAUUACUUUUUGUAUUAAAACGUAAAUUUGUUUGUAAGAAAAACUCCAACAUGCGAUGAAUAUAAUGUAAAUUUGUUUCAACGAAAAAUGUAUCCUACCGUGUU